AUGAAUGUGCCACCACAGCUGCUCCAUCAGUUGCCGUUGCUUGCGAUUUUUGUCGUGCCGGUCACCAGCGCCUACUUUGGACUCACCAGGAUCAAUAUGAAGAGUGCGAUACAUUUUCAGCAGGGAACCAGAGGUUCUUCAGCGUGGCGAGCUGCGCUUACGAUGAGCACAUUGACGAUCCCAUCAUUUGCGUUUUGGUGUUUACUGCUGCGCGGACCAUCAGCUCUGGCGUAUCAACUUGGAUUCUCGUUAGCUAUUGUGGUGGUAUUCUGUUCAGUGGCCAGUAUACUACAUUACGUACCGUCACCGAGUCUAUUCGCUUAUCCGCAAUUGCGGUUCCAGUCCAGUAAUUUACGCUUCGCACUCUCGAUUCUGCAAACCGUCGUCACCUUCCUGUGUAUUCUGCUGGUUCUGCUCCACUCUUCGUCGAUGCUCGCCUCCGUCUCGUUAUUCUCACUUUACCUCUGCGUGGCUCUUGUCGCCUUCUUCCCACUUUUCGCCGUCGUCUUCUCCGGAUACUCCAGCAUUAUGACCUUAUCGCUAGUUCUACACACAUUUUGCAUCCUCUUCGGUAUCGGUGUAUUCCUUGUCUUUGGGAUUAAAGACGUCACAUCCUUCCGAACGAUCGUCCCCUAUGAGUUCACAAUGUCCGACGCUGUUUUAUCGCUUUUUGUCGGAUUCAUUGUCUCUUUGUAUCAGUUGACUUCGAGUCCGCUGCUUUAUCAGGCCUACUUUCCUAUUCCUACGCUCUAUAAGCUACGAUUGACUCUCGUAUUCCACGGAGUUUUCCAAUUAUUCUCGUCCAUCUUGGUUUUCCUCACUAUUUCGCUAUUUUAUGCGUUUCUCGAGAAAAACUGCUCAUUAAGCUUUUCAUAUCAAACGCUUUUCCAGUUUGCGAAGUACACCGUCCCUCAUCCAGCCCUGGCUUACGCUGUGAUUGUAUCAUUUCUGUCAGUUUUCACAUUUUGCAUUCAGUGGUUGUACAUGUGCAUUACGACACAUGUAUGGGAGGAAUUUGUGAAGGUACAUCUGAGGGAUCUUGGUUCCAUGAAACAACUUUGCUGUCUUCAGUCAAUUUUACUGCUCAUAUGUGCGAUUUCUGUAAGUAUAGUAUCUGCGAUUCGUUUUUUCCAAAUUCCCUACGAUAUCUUGACUCCUUCACUGAUGUUGUCCAUUCUGACAAUUUGUGCUGGAAUGUGCGGAAUUUUCAUGUGCGGUUAUUUUCUACCGUUCUGUAAUUCAAGAGGAGCUUUGACGUCCCUGAUUAUCACUACCAUUUCCUCGCUUUGUCUAUUCUACCUCUACGCUUCGCACAACACUUUGCCAACACUGAAGAGCAGCUGCUCAGCUGAGACAGUCGCCAAUUCUACGGUUCUUGUAAGGUCGUUCAAUAUGGAAAAAAUGGUGUUGAUGGCAUCUCAAAUGCCUUUAUAUUCUCAUCCAAUCGUCGCUUUUGUGAUGAGCGUAGUGAUCUGUCCGAUCGUCUCGUUCUUCACCGGCGGCCAGGAUCAAAUGAGUCUCGACUGGAAUCUGCUUGUUGUCCCCGGCUCAUUGGGACGCGGUUCCGCCUACAGUAAACGGCCGUUUGUGGAAAGUGAAUCGUUUCGCUACGCACAGCACACAGCUGGACCCGGUCUACUGAAACAUCAGCGAUAG